AUGUCGAACGUCGUCCGGAGACUCGCGAGCGAUGCAGUCUCGCAACUACAAGAAACAGUCCAAGCUGUUCACAAUAAAGCCUCUCGAGGACUUGAAAAACGGAUCAACAUACCCUUGAACAGCACCAGUCCCGCUGGUUUGAUCGAAGCGAAUACUCGAGAUCCGUGGUCCAAGUCUGGCAAGUACGCGCUAGGAUGGGUCUACUUCUGCAUAAUACUGUUCGCCUUUGCAUGUCUGCUGCAUCUAUACCAUAUCUGGACGGACAAAGUACGGACGGCACUUUACAAGGAAGACGCCGCCGCAUCUGCAAUGAUCGAAUCUCCUGCAACAGACUACGAAUUGUCGGUACUUAGCACAGAUAGGUUGACGCACAAGUUCUUUCCGCGUGAAGGGCCAUUACCCGAGCAACCCAAGAUGCAAUCGUCGGUCUCUUCCAUGUGGUUACUCAACAAUGCUAUAGCGCUCUUUCGAUUUGCAUUUUAUCGCCCCAUACCUGCUCUCAGAUUGAGAAAAGGGUGUAGGCCCAUUAUAUUUCCAUCGCUCGGUGCGAUUGUUAUCGUUUCACUCGCACUAAUUUUCGUCAUACUCUACUGCUUCAUACCUCAACCUCUGUACUGGCAGAGCAUUCAAUUUGGAUCUCCACCACUGGCUAUUCGGGCAGGCAUGAUUGCGGUUGCGAUGAUGCCGUGGAUAGUCGGUCUAAGCAUGAAGGCCAAUAUAAUUUCCUUCCUCACUGGCAUCGGACACGAACGGCUGAACGUUCUGCAUCGAUGGCUCGCAUAUCUUUGCUUACUCCUGAGCCUCAUUCACACGAUUCCUUUCUACAUGACCCCGAUCUGGUCUGAUGGCGGACUGGGUGUAUUCCAGUCGGCUUUCGGCGGCUCUGGAAUCUACGUUUACGGAUCUGGCAUCGCGGCACUGGUACCCCUCAUCUUUCUUUGUGUCCACUCUCUGCCCCCAUUUCGACGCAAGAUUUACGAGCUGUUUGUGGCAUUGCAUGUGCCUGUAUCGAUUGUCUUUCUCGCCAUGCUCUUCUGGCACUGCAAGAACUUUCUCACUUCAUGGCACUACCUGUGGGCGACCACAGCUAUUUGGCUCAUCUCAUACGUCGUUCGCUUGUUCUUCUUGAACUGGACAAAUCACUCUCGGUUAUCGUGGCUGGUAGGCGAAGAAGCAGCUGUCACACUAAUGCCUGAGAACGCCAUCAAAGUCACCAUCCCGACACAGGUGAAAUGGAAACCUGGACAAUACGUCUAUCUGAGGAUACCUGGCAUAUCAGUGUUUGAGAAUCAUCCUUUCACCAUUGCAUCUCUAUGGAGCGAUGAUUUUCCUUCUCAGUAUGGUGAAGAAUACAGGGACAUGGUUCUGGUCUUCCGACCCUUCGGCGGUUUCACGAAGAAAGUUCUGGAAAGUGCACUGGAGAACGGACCUUGGCACACCUACCGCGCCUUCCUUGACGGACCCUAUGGCGGUAUGCGAAGAGGCAUGGACUCGUUCGAUCACGUCGUUCUAUUCGCAGGCGGCAGUGGUAUCACAGCAUUGGUCUCCCAACUACUCGACCUGAUCAAACGCCUCAGAGAUGGCAAAGCAGUAACGAGAACAGUCCAGAUAAUAUGGGCCCUCAAACGUCCAGAAACGCUAGACUGGUUCAAAGAAGAAUUGCGAAUCUGCAGAGAGUUUGCACCUCCAGAUACAGUACAGUGCCAAUUCUACAUCACUGCUGCAAGAAGACAAGCUAGGACCGGAGAACUUGUGUCCGCACAGACACCCACGAGACCGAUCAGUAUGAUGUUUCACACCAAAGUCAACGAAGCUUUCCAGAAUAUCGCAAACAACAGACUCUCCACAAUCUCCGCCAACACAAACAGAAACUCUGCACUCAUCAUGGAAGAAGCCGCCGGCGAUCCGGAAAGAGAAAAGGCACUCAGACGCGAGAACGAAGACCGGCCUCGACCACUCCCACAAGCACAUUUAUUGCACAUGAGAAGUGCGUCACGCAACGGACGUGUAUCUCCUCCACCCUCAUCCUCGCCUCACCUCACACUGGCCGAGAAGCGCAAAUCGCAACAAUGGUCCAUUCCCUUACCCAAUCCAGUCUCACCAGUCUACCUCAAAGACGCACCCACACCACCACAAGCAGACUUUGACUUUGGCUUCCCCAGCACACCCACUGAGUUUCAAAAGAACCUGAUGAGAUUUGCGUUUCUGCCUGCUGCUGUAAAGUCUAGCAAGACAGGAUGGAGCACAGAGUACGGAAGACCAGACAUCCCGUUUAUGCUCAAGGAAAUGAGUAAGCGGUGGACUGGAAGACGCACAUGUGUGUUUGUGUGCGGACCGCCGGGGAUGAGGGUGGAUGUCAGCAAUACGGUUGCUGAGUUGCAGAGGACGGUGUGGAGUGUGCCUGGGAGGGAUGAGGUGUAUUUGCAUGCUGAGAACUAUGCCAUAUGA